AUGUAUGACCCUAAUAGUCCCGAGGCGUCCCCACAAGCACCGAGGCGCCUCCACAAGUACCGAGGCGCCUCCACAAGCACCGAGGCGCCCCCACAAGCACCGAGGCGCCCCCACAAGCACCGAGGCGCCCCCACAAGCACCGAGGCGCCUCCACAAGCACCGAGGCGCCCCCACAAGCACCGAGGCGCCUCCACAAGCACCGAGGCGCCUCCACAAGCACCGAGGCGCCUCCACAAGCACCGAGGCGCCCCCACAAGCACCGAGGCGCCUCCACAAGCACCGAGGCGCCUCCACAAGCACCGAGGCGCCUCCACAAGCACCGAGGCGCCUCCACAAGCACCGAGGCGCCUCCACAAGCACCGAGGCGCCCCCACAAGCACCGAGGCGCCUCCACAAGCACCGAGGCGCCUCCACAAGCACCGAGGCGCCUCCACAAGCACCGAGGCGCCUCCACAAGCACCGAGGCGCCUCCACAAGCACCGAGGCGCCUCCACAAGCACCGAGGCGCCCCCACAAGCACCGAGGCGCCUCCACAAGCACCGAGGCGCCUCCACAAGCACCGAGGCGCCCCCACAAGCACCGAGGCGCCACCACAAGCACCGAGGCGCCUCCACAAGCACCGAGGCGCCUCCACAAGCACCGAGGCGCCUCCACAAGCACCGAGGCGCCUCCACAAGCACCGAGGCGCCUCCACAAUCUCCGAGGCGCCUCCACAAUCUCCGAGGCGCCUCCACAAUCUCCGAGGCGCUCUCCGCUAUGCUAGUAACUAAAUAA